AUGGGCUUGAAGGAAGAAUUUGACGAGUAUGCAGAGAAAGCAAAGACAUUGCCAGAGAGUAUCUCCAAUGAGAAUAAACUUAUUCUCUACGGACUUUACAAGCAAUCGACUGUUGGAAACAUCAACACAGGCUGUCCGGGUAUGUUUAACAUGAGGGAUAGAGCUAAGUGGGAUGCUUGGAAAGCCGUUGAAGGAAAAUCACAGGAGACAGCAAUGAGUGAUUACAUCACUAAGGUGAAACAGUUGCUGGAAGAAGCUGGGGUUUCAUGCUGA